UUAGAUAAGAAUGUAAAAUUUUCGAUUUUCAAUUUAUGAUAUUAUUAAACGAACCAUGAACGAGUCAAGACCUACCGUUGUCGUCUUACUGUUAUCGCUGCUGGUUUCCCUUUCCAGGGGCAGUCCAGCUCGUUGGAACCUGGUCUCGGAUGACGCUGGAAACAUUCACAUGGUAGACAUUAGUUCUGGCACCGGUUUGGCAUACUUUGACGAGUUCGAGCCAUUGUUUGACCCAGAAACCGAUGUCAUCUUCCGAUUGUUUACCCGCUUUAAUCCGGACAACCCCCAAAUUAUCCAAUGGGAUGAUCCUGAAUCGUUGAUUGAUUCCAAUUUCAAUCCAGCACAUCCCACUCGUUUUACAAUUCACGGCUGGGUCAGCGGAGAAGAUGCCAACUUGCAUGGACUGAUUCGCGAAAAUCUACUCGCACUCGGCGAGUUCAACGUUGUCAACGUUGAUUGGGGCGCUGGAGCUCAGACGAUCAACUACAUUCAGGCAAGGAAUCGAGUGGGAGCUGUCGGAGAAAUGGUAUCCCGUUUCAUAGACAUGUUGGUCGCCGUGGGUGGAGCUUCGCUGGAUGAUAUUUCUGUAACUGGAAGCAGCUUGGGAGCUCACUGCGCGGGAAAUGCUGGCAAAUUUCAACAGGGCCGGAUCAACACCAUAAUUGGAAUGGAUCCAGCUGGACCGUUAUUCUCGCUUGGUCAACCGGAUAUAAUGCACCAUAGUGAUGGUCAAUACGUGGAAGCGAUAUAUACCAAUUCGGGACUUCUUGGCUUCGACCUUCCACUGGGUCAUGCCAACUUUUACCCCAAUGGAGGUCGAUCGCAACCGGGCUGUGGAAUUGACAUCACGGGUAACUGUGCUCAUACGCGAGCACAUCAAUAUUUUGCGGAAUCUAUUGGGUCUCCGUUGGGAUUUGUUGGCCGCCGUUGUGCCUCGCAUGAAGAAAUACUUGCUGGAGUGUGUACGGAGAGUGGACCCCAAGCUCUAAUGGGAGGUGAGCCGUCGAACUAUGGCAAGGGGGUGAGCGGUUUCUAUCAUCUGACUACCAACGGCCAGUCGCCUUUUGCGAUGGGGUAAAAAGAAAAUGUAAUGUUUGAUUAAUAAAAGCUAAAAAUGCUGACAUUUGAAAUUAUGUA